UUCUUCUAUUGACUUUCAUUUUACAAUCAUUUCCUCUUUCCUUUCAACUCCCCAAUCAAUUUCCAUGGAGUUUCAUUACUAAAACAUCCAUUUCUCUCUCUAGAAAUUCACUUCAGAGCUGCAGCUCAUCAAGUCCAUCUCAAUUCCGCUCUAUCAGGUUUGGUCUUACAUAUCUUGUCGUAUCAUUUCAUUUCAUUUGUUUCUUUCUUUUGGUUUUGUAAUCCUUAAGUAGUUAAUUUUUUAAUUAUGAAUGGAGAAGCAGAAAAAUAUGUUGCCAUAGAAAUAACAAAUGAAAACAAAGUGUUAGCAAAUUCAAUUAAACUAAAGCUAGAUAAGUCAAUUCCAUCAUCAUCUGCUACAACCCAAUGUUCAAUUUAUCGGGUACAUGAAAAGUUCCGUAAAUUAAACAAAUUUGCAUACACGCCGGAAAUGAUCUCCAUCGGACCGUUUCAUCGGGGAGCAGGUAGUUUAGCAGCAAUGGAAGAUCAUAAGUUGCGCUACGCUCAUGCUUUACUUUCUCGAACAACACCCAUAGGAGUGACUAAGUUGGAAGAGUGUGUUGCAUAUAUGGGAAGAAUUGAAGAUGAAGCUCGAAAGUGUUACUCUGAGCCUAUUGAGCUAACUAGCGAAGAAUUCGUAGAAAUGAUGGUUAUUGAUGGUCUGUUCAUGAUUGAAUUGUUUAGAAAAAGUGCGGGGGAGGUCAAGAUUGAACGAGAUGAUCCCAUAUUUGGCAACAUUUGGGGUUUGUCGAGUUUGGUUCGUGAUUUGGUGUUACUUGAAAACCAGCUGCCUAUGGUGGUUCUUAAUUGUUUGUUCAAUGUGCCUGCACUGAAAGAAGAGCUACAUGGUGUUUCCAUAAGCAUUCUUUCUUUAAAAUUCUUCGAUCCAUUGAUGCCUCGAGGUAAAGAAGUUAUCCAAACAAGUUUCUCGGGUAGUGAAGGAAAACAUUUGCUUGAUUUAUUAGGAAAGACAUUCCAUGACUUGCCUCAGGCACCUAAAAAUAAACCGAAGAAAAGUUCAUGGAAGUUUAUACCCAGUGUGACAGAAUUGAAACGCGCAGGAGUAAAGUUCGCAAAGAGUUCUACAACUGGUAGUUUCUUGGAUAUCAAAUUUAGGGACGGAGUUAUGGAAAUUCCUUCCAUAAUUGUUCAAGAUCAGACUGACACAUUGUUGAGGAAUUUGAUUGCUUCUGAACAAUGUUGUGAUGGGCAUGUGACUUACAUGACUUCUUAUGCAUUUUUCAUGGAUAGUUUGAUUAACACAGGUGAAGAUGUUGGAGUUCUUCGUAAGGAAGGGAUCAUGACAAACUAUCUAGGUGACGAUGAAGAUGUUGCUGCGCUUUUUAAUAAGCUUUGUUGUGAGGUAACUCUUGCAAACUUCUAUUACUCCGAGUUAUGUGAUCAAGUAAACACGUAUUAUAAGACUCGUUGGCAUGUGUGGAGAGCAACAUUGAAGCGCGAUUACUUCCAUAGUCCUUGGGCAAUCGUUUCGUUUGUGGGUGCUCUUAUACUUGUUUUUCUUACACUCACAUCAACUUUGUUUGCUAUUCUUUCUUUCACUAUCCAUAAGUCUUAAAAGUUUAUCUUCCAUUCAUUUGUUAUUUUGAAUGUGUCCUAUGAAUAUCCUGGCUAUGUAUUGACUAUUUAUGAUUUUUACCAUG